CUAGGAUAAUCAAUGGUGCAGUGUGAACGGGUGGUCCAGAACGUGCGAAAAGUUCGGUAUCAAGACCACAGUCGAGUCAAGAGAGUAAUUUAUAGCAAUUUUGAAAAAUGAUGAGAUUCCUGAAAAGAAUCAAAAAAUUUUGGCCACGCUAAAAGACUUCCGAACCCGCACCCAGAGGCUUAUGACGAUCGACGUCAUAGGUUGUCUCAGAUGGCGCGCGCUGAGAUCGGGCUGGUAUUUGAUAGUUUUGGUCGCGCCAAAACUUUUUUAUUUUAUUUUGAGAAUCUCAUCAUUUUUCGAAAUAGCAAUAAGUGCGGGAAUCAUUGCGGGGGCAACGGUGGUCGAUGGAGGGGUGUGCAGGGAUGCAGGGAUAUAUAAAGACCGAAGAGUGGUAAGUCUUCUCACUUCUCGUGCGCACUCAGGAGUCUUCACAGACACCCUCCGCAGAGAUCGAUGUUGGACCCUCCCCUCCACGUCCUCAUUCACUUGAUGAAACUGGGAUUUUGUUUCGAGACGACGGAUGGUCGUCCCGCGAGCAAGGUCAGGUGUGAACAUGUGAAGACGGAGUUAAGGAUGAGGUGGAGCACUG